CAAGGACAACGGCAACGGCAACCAUACCAACUUGCAUUUCAUUGAUUAGCACACUCCUUUCACAUAUUAUAAUCUUAUUAUAUGCCUCUGUUUUUUGUAAAAUUAACUCGGUGGAAGAUUGUUAAGCAUCAUCAUGUUAGCCUUCAAGAUUUCUGGUUAUCUUUUCUUGUUUUGCCUGCUCUUUCUCUUUAGGGUCAGUAGCUCUGUGAAUUAUCUUGACCAUAUCUGCCCAAAUACAACUACAUACAGUCCCAAUAGCACCUAUAGAUCCAACUUGAAUCAGCUUUUCCUUGCUCUAUCCUCAAAUGCUACCCGGAACAAUGGAUUUUAUAGCUACGAGGUGGGUCGUGGCUCUCCUGACAGAAUCGAGGGCCUUUUCCUUUGUAGAGGUGAUGUUAAUUCUGACGUUUGUGAAGAGUGUGUAAGAAACGCAACUACGAAUAUCUUACAACGUUGUCCCAUGGAAAAAGCAGCAGUUAUCUGGUACGAUGAGUGCAUGUUAGGUUACUCAAAUAUAUCCAUAUUCUCCUGGUCUGAACAAAAUGCACCUAUCAUCUUGCUUAACGUCCAGAAUAUCACUGAUCAACCUGAUAGAUUCAGAACUGUGUUGGCGGCUACCUUGAAUGAAUUAGCAACAGAAGCAGCAAAUGGUCUCUCUGGUAAAAAAUUUGCUACCAAACAAGCUAAUUUCACAGGAUUUCAGACAUUGUACACUCUGGCGCAGUGCACCCCUGAUCUUUCGAGCGGUCAAUGCAAUACCUGCCUUCGAGAUUGUAUCUCGAAUUUCCCGACAUGUUGUGAUCUUAGUCAAGGAGCAAGAGUAAAUUUCCCCAGCUGUAAUAUUAGGUAUGAGAUGUCCCCAUUUUAUAAUUUUACUUUGGCCCCUGCACCAGCGCCGCCCCCGCCUAAU